AGUUGUUUGUUUGCUUCUCUCUGAAAUAAUCAGGUGACGGUGCAAUAUAGCACAGUCACGUGACUCACCUGUGUCCCAACAUAGCACUCCUACCAACUCACUGUUAAUGAUAAACAACUAUUUGGAAGCGCCAUUCACAGUUAUAAAGUGAAUAUAGAAGACAUCCGUCCAGUGAAGUGUCGAGAAGACGAAGCAAAGAGAGUUAUGGACUUUUCUGCGACAGUGAUCCUGGCGGGGCUGAUCUUAGCUCUGAUUUGGUUGUUUAGCGUCAAAAACAACAGGAAGUAUCGGUUGCCUCCCGGACCCGUUCCACUUCCUCUCAUAGGAAAUCUGCCACAACUGGACAAAAAUGCUCCUUUUAAAAGCAUUCUCAAGUUAAGUGAAACGCAUGGUCCUGUGAUGACUGUCUACCUGGGCUGGCAGCGGUUGGUUUUUCUGGUGGGAUUUGACACGGUGAAGGAGGCUCUGGUGGACCAGGGAGACGACUUCACUGGCAGAGGGCCACUGCCAUUUAUGAUAAAAGCUACCAAGGGCUACGGUUUGGCGAUCAGUAACGGAGAGCGCUGGCGCCAACUGCGACGUUUCACACUGUCGACCCUGAGAGACUUUGGGAUGGGACGCAAAGGGAUGGAGGAGUGGAUCCAGGAGGAGAGCACACAUCUGAGGGCCCGCAUAGAGUCAUUCAAAGCCACGCCAUUUGACCCCACUUUCUUACUGAGCCGCACUGUGUCCAACGUGAUCUGCUGCCUGGUGUUUGGUGAACGCUUCGGCCACGAAGACAAGGAAUUCCUGUGCCUCCUCAACAUCAUAUCUGAAACAUUAAAGUUCCUAAACAGCCCCAUCGGUCAAUUGUACAACAUCUUUCCCUGGCUCAUGGAUCAUCUGCCCGGCCCCCAGCACACUUGCUUUGCCCAAGUUCAGAAGUUGAGAGAGUUCAUCAACAUGAAGAUCCAAGAGCACAAAGAGACACUGGACCCCAGCUCCCCGAGGGACUUUAUUGACUGCUUUCUCAUCCGAAUCAGUCAGGAAAAGGAGAAUCCCACGACUGAGUUCAACCAUGAAAACUUGGUCUCCACAGUGUUGAACCUCUUCCUGGCAGGAACAGAAACCACCAGCUCCACCAUCAGAUACGCCCUCAGUGUGCUGAUCAAAUACCCAAACAUACAGGAGAAAAUGCAGAAUGAGAUUGAGAGUGUAAUUGUACAAGGCUGUAGUCCCAGCAUGGAGAACAGGAAGUCCCUCCCCUUUACAGAUGCAGUUAUUCAUGAGGUGCAACGCUUUAUGGACAUUGUCCCUUUCAGCCUCCCUCGCUACUCACUCAAGGACAUCUCUUUUAGAGGUUACACAAUUCCCAAGGACACUAUGAUUAUUCCCUUGCUGCACUCUGUGCUGAGAGAGGAAAAGCAAUGGGCGACUCCCUGGUCCUUCAACCCCCAGCACUUUCUGGACCAGAAUGAAAAAUUCAAGAAAAAUCCUGCUUUCCUGCCUUUUUCUGCAGGGAAGAGAGCCUGUGUUGGCGAGUCUCUGGCUCGUAUGGAGCUUUUCAUCUUCCUGGUGUCACUGCUGCAGAAUUUUACCUUUUCCUGCGUCGGAGGCCCCGACAGUAUAAACCUUGUUUCAGAGUACAGCACCUUCGCUAAUCUGCCUCGCACGUACCAGAUCAUCGCCACGCCGCGGUGAGACGAGGUGCUGCCCUCGCCCCUCGGGCCUUCUCUCAUCAAUUGAAGCACCCGGAGUCACACAAACAAGGCUGCUUCAGUGUGACGGAGCAAUGUUUAUAUUGAUUAGUGCAAAGUCUUUGGCGAUUGGACUCGAGGGGUGGGGAUGCUGAGGUCAGAUAAGGCAUAGUCUACUAGGAGUCUCGAAACUGGUGGUGGUGGUGAUAAAGGGAGUUGCUGCAAUCCGAUGAUGAAUGAGGAGCAGAACUGUGAUGAUGACUGGAGAUGACUGCGGUGGAGAAGGUUGCAUUCGAUUGUGCGGCAAUGACAACUGACAUUUUUUAAAAAUGUUAUCAGAAAAUACCUACAAAUUAUAUUUCCAUGUUUUUCACCAAUACUUUUUAAUCAGGCCAAUAAUGCCACAUUAACAAACCCCUUUGUGAAAACCUUCAGCAUAUAGAUAGGAAUGAAAUUGGAAAGUUUGGUGUACGCAAGUGCUACUUAUAUUUGUUUUUUUCUUUCCACUUUUGUUUUGUUCUUUUUGUCACUGUCUCUUGUCCCCAUGUAAAGUGUCUUUGUGUAUUCAGAAAAGCGCUAUAUAAGUUUGAAUUAUUAUUACAGGCUCAGGGUGAUUAACUUCCUCAUUGUGUUGCAUAUCCUACAACGGAAUGCAGAAGCCUAAUUGUGAAUGGGCAAGAGUUCAAGAAGGUUGUGGCUGAUCUAAAAUAUAUGCCAGAUGUUAUCUGCAUUCAAUAAACGUGGCUAAAACCACA